AUGUUCAGCUUCCUCCCAUGCUUCAAAACCCGGCGACAACGCACCAAAUCCCAAACUCAAUCCCAAAAGCAAAUAGAGGAAAAAGCCAACGCCAUAGAAUCCCUUCCGUCAUGGCACUCCCCUACGGAAAACACGCUUCUCUUUCAAGCCUUCGAAUGGCACGUCCCUACCACCCCCAACACCCCAGAUAAGCGCAGCCACUGGCGCCGACUCCAGCAUGCCCUGCCCGCUAUCCAUUCCCUCGGCGUAACCAGCAUCUGGAUCCCGCCGGGAUGCAAGGGCAUGGACGCCAACGGCAAUGGGUAUGAUAUCUACGAUUUGUAUGAUCUGGGGGAGUUUGAUCAGAAGGGAGCGGUGGGGACGAAAUGGGGUACACGCGGAGAAUUAGAGGAUCUGGUGAGGGAGGCGAGUGCCCUGGGUGUCGGGAUAUUAUGGGAUGCGGUGUUGAAUCAUAAGGCUGGGGCGGAUGGCGUGGAGAGGUUCGAGGGUGUGAGGGUUGGUGAUGAUCGACGAGAUAUCGAAGAUGGUGAUCCCCAGGAAAUUGCAGGCUGGACAUCCUUCACCUUCCCCGGCCGGGGCACUACCUACAGCCCGCUGCAAUACCACUGGCACCACUUCUCUGGUGUAGACUGGGACGACGCCCACCAACGCAAAGCAAUCUACAAGAUCCUGGACCCUUCCCGGCCGGACAAGAACUGGGCUCAGGAUGUCGGCACAGAUGAGAACGGCAACUACGACUACCUUAUGUUCGCGGAUCUGGAUUACUCGCACCCGGAGGUUCGGGAGGAUGUGUUACGCUGGGCGAAGUGGAUUAUGUCUGUGUUGCCGUUGAGCGGGAUGCGGUUAGAUGCGGCGAAGCAUUUUUCGACGGGGUUUCAGAGGGAGUUUAUUGAUUGUGUAAGAAGUCAGGCGGGGGAUAGGAAGGUGUUUGUCAUUGGGGAGUAUUGGAGUGGGGAGUUGAGGGCGCUGCUGAGGUAUCUGGAGGAGAUGGAGUAUCGGGUUGCGGUGGUGGAUGUGCCGCUGGUGGAGAGAUUCUCAGGAUUGUCGAGGACCAGAAGGGCGGAUUUGAGAGGCGUGCUGAAGGGGACGUUGAUGGAGGCUAGGCCGGGGAAUGCGUUGACGUUUGUUACAAAUCAUGAUACGCAACCGGGGCAAAUGCUCGAGAACGUAGUCGAACCCUCCUUCAAACCCCUCGCCUACGCCCUAAUCCUCCUCCGCCAAGGAGGCCACCCGUGUGUCUUCUACGGCGACCUCUACGGCAGCUGCGGCGGUGGCCAGUCUCCAGUCCCGGCCUGCGAAGGCCAACUCCCGAUUCUCAUGCGUGCGCGCAAAUGGUAUGCUUACGGCGAACAGCAAGACUACUUUGACCAGCCCAACUGCAUUGGUUUCAUCCGCUACGGCAACGCCGCUCACCCCUCCGGGCUGGCCUGCGUCAUGAGCAACGGCGGACCAGCCACGAAGCGCAUGUACGUGGGUCGGAAACACGCCGGCGAGAAGUGGACGGAUCUGCUGCAGCGAGACGAUGAUCACCCGUCUGUCACGGUAGUUGAUGAGAUGGGGUACGGGGAGUUUCCGGUCCAGGGGAUGAGGGUGGGUGUUUGGGUGGAUAGUGCGGCGGAUGGCCGAGGGUGUAUGAAGGAGCCUUUUGACGUCGAUAUCUAUGGUAGUCGAGCAUGCUAG